AUGUUGCAAAAGAAAAUUGAAGAGACCCAGGAUAUCACUACGAAAUUACGGCAUGUCAAGGAGUUGGAGGCUUUACUGAAUGGACGUCUAUAUAUGGAUAACGUGUUGUAUGAAUACGUGAAUAGUAUUCAACACUUAAUGUCAAACAUCGCAACCAAUGCUAUACUCCAUACGAAACAAGAGCUCAAUAAUAGAUCCUGUUAUCGACAACUGGUCGACAGUUUCAUUGAAAAUUGUUUUGCUCUUAACAAAAAUCCAUACGUGUUGUCAAAACUGCAUAUAUUUGUGAAUAUUUGCGAACAAAUGCGUGACUCGAGUGAUGCGGACAUUGCUGUCAACCGAUUGAUACAAUAUUUCGUAGGUGGUCGCGAUGCCCGGCCAGGUGAGGCACCAUGGCAAGUUUCAUAUAGGAUCGUUGGUAAAUCAGGCGAUUCCCAUAUGUGUGGUGGUUCCCUGAUCAACGCCAAUUGGGUGAUCACCGCGGCACAUUGCUGUGAAAUUCCGCUUAAACACCACAUACCUGAAACCAUAAAAUGGGGAAGUUUGAAAGUGAACAGGCUACCUUUCAAGUCAAAAGUGGCCAAACGUAUCAUACAUCACAAAUACAACUUAAAUGCCACACAGAAUGACCCUGUUUCGCAUGACUACUGCCUAAUAAAACUGGCCACACCCGCUGUGCAAAGUGCCACGGUCAAAUUUGUUAAACUAGCAAAGGGUUACCCCAAAACAGACAAAAUGGUGCUGGUUACAGGGUGGGGCAAUACAAUGGUGGACGGGGUUAAAAAUCCAAUUGAUUUACAAGCUGCUGAAUUGCAUGUAAUGGACCGGAAAAGUUGUCAG